UCCCUCCCAGCCACCGCCCCCUGCCAGCGCCUUUUUCCCCCUUCCAGUACAAUACAAGAUCUUCCUUCCUUAGUUCCCUUAAAUCACAGCCCAGGGAAACCUCCUCAGAGCCUGCAUCUAGCCACGCGCCAGCAUGUCUGGGGGCAAAUACGUAGACUCGGAGGGACAUCUUUACACUGUUCCCAUUCGGGAGCAGGGCAACAUCUACAAGCCCAACAACAAGGCCAUGGCCGACGAAGUGAUCGAGAAGCAAGUGUACGACGCGCACACCAAAGAGAUCGACCUGGUCAACCGCGACCCGAAGCAUCUAAACGACGACGUGGUCAAGAUUGACUUUGAAGAUGUGAUUGCAGAACCAGAGGGGACACACAGUUUUGACGGCAUCUGGAAGGCCAGCUUCACCACCUUCACUGUGACAAAAUACUGGUUUUACCGCUUGCUCUCCACCCUCUUUGGCAUCCCAAUGGCACUCAUCUGGGGCAUUUACUUUGCCAUUCUCUCUUUCCUGCACAUCUGGGCAGUUGUACCAUGCAUUAAGAGCUUCCUAAUUGAGAUUCAGUGCAUCAGCCGUGUCUAUUCCAUCUACGUCCACACCUUCUGUGACCCACUCUUUGAAGCUAUUGGCAAAAUAUUCAGCAACAUUCGCAUCAACAUGCAGAAAGAAAUAUAAAUGACAUUUCCAGGAUAGAAGUAUUCCUGAUUUUUUUCCUUUUAAUUUUCUUGGUGCCAAUUCCAAGUUUUGAGUUGCUCAUACAGCAACAGUUCAUGAAUGAUUUAUCUUGGUUCAGAACAAAGAAAUCACUUUCUCAGUUUUCAUAACUAUUAUUGGUCUCUUCUGAGCUAUUUCAUCUAUUUUUGGUGGUCUGAAUUUUUUAAACCCAUUCCAAUUUUUUCUUUUUUUUUUUUUUUUGCAUGUGGAUCAUUGUUUAACUGGCUGAAAUAUGAACAUUUUGUUGAAAGAUAAUUUGGGAGAAAUAUGAAAAACUGAGGAAGAGAAAAAAGCGAACCAAUAACUUCAACAGCCUACCCUAAAAUGUUGAUCAUUUUAUAGAAAAUGAAGAUUCCAGGCUAUGGCCAUGGCUGUAUAGGUAUGUGGGAAGAUUUUAAGCAAACAUUUCCCCUGUCAUCUGAGGAGUUAGUGAAUUGCUGCCAUUUUCCUUAAUAGUCCAAUGUGAUCUAGUGAUCCUUAUGAAGUUAGAAAGCAUAAUCUUCUGCAUUCACAUGACCCCACUAAUGCCUUACUCUUCUUAAAAUUUUAACAAAAACUAUGACAUUUUCUGUGCCUGAAUAUGUUAUAUAGACAAUGAGACCUAAGUGCCUUCCUAUUUUUCACACUUGCCUUUUCAAACAGGAUCUAACUCAUCAACUUUCAUUAAGUCAAUAGCUUCCUUGAAGACCAGAAUUAGGAAAUCAGUUACCUAGCUCCCUAUACUUCUUUCUGACUCUGAGAUACAGAAUCUGGUGAAGCUCAUGUCUGCAUUUGAUCAUGUAAUACCUUUAUCCAUGUUGAUUAUGGCCAACAUCAGCCCAAUGAAAUAAAUUAAAGUGGACGAAUGGGGCUGAGCCCUCUCUGGGCUGGCAGGAGUGGAAGCCAACUUUUCCUGCCUCUCAUCAGUGGAGUGAGGGCAAUAUGUUUAUGCAGCUUCAUUUAUUUUCAAGAAUAAUCACGCUUUCCUGAAUCCAAACUAAUCCAUCACAGGGGUGGUUUAGUGGCUCAACAUUGUGUUCCCUUUUCAGUUGAUUGGUGGGCCUCCAGGGAAGAGCUGUCAAAAUGAGGCCAUUGUGUGAGACUGUCAGAGUUGUUGUAAACAUGACCCCUUCUAAGUGGAGCACACGCAAGCAUCUGUUAUGCUGUGACACUUGGCCCCUCCCACUGCCAGGAUCCUUGGACCUAAUCCAAGCAUCAUUUGCUCAGAGAGAUGUGGGAGGAGGCAGUAAUAAAAGAUUGAAGUAAUUUUGCUGGAAUAAGUUCAAGUUCUUCUGAACUCAAACUGAGGAAUUUCACCUGUAAACCUGAGUCAUACAGAAAGCUGCCUGGUACAUCCAAAAGCUUUUUAUUCCUCUUGCUCAUAUUGUGAUUGUGCCCUUGGAAACUUUCUUUUUAACCUCCAGUUAUGCUUUUAUUUUUAUUUUCAUACACUUAUGGGAACUCUGCUUGAUUUUUUUUGCCUCCUCUGGUUUCCCUGACAUUUUACCAAUCUAUUACCUACUUUGGUUGUUUGCAUUUAAAAUAGACACUGGCACGGACAUAGUUUUACUUUCAAACUGUGUUCAUAACCGAAAAUGUACUAUACUGUGUGCUUUUUUAAGUGUAAAGAUAUUUUUAUCUUUAUAUUAAAAAUCACUUGGGAAAUGACUUUAUGAUUCAGUCUGUACAAUAUGUAUCCCAAGACAUGUCUGUUGUACCUAGUUUCUUAGUUUCUCAUGCAAGUCAAUUGCUGGUCCAAAAGAUUGCUGAAAUUUUAUAUGCUUACUGAUACAUUUUACACUUUUUUAUCUGCAUGUCCUAUAAAGGUUAUAAAUCUGCACAAUAAAAAUGUUUAAAGAUUAA